AUUAGUGCGUCAGUUAGUUCUCAGCUGUUUACCGUGUUUGUUUGUACAUGACGGACAAUUGUGUGUGUUGUGCAAGUGCGUAAGCCCCUAGGGGGGCCCGGUCUGGAUAUGUCUCAGUACUUUCACGCUAGAGAAGUGGACUAUUUGGGUUCCGAAGGACUCAAACAUGAACCGCUCUCGGAAAGUAGUGGAAAUGAGGAUUCCGAUGACUCCGAAACGGCCGAUGAUGUACAAAUUAGGACGAAAAAACAAAUUAAUAAAGGCCGGUGGAGUAAGGACGAGGAUACCAGAUUGAAGCAACUGGUAGAAGAGUAUCAGGAACGGUGGGAUAUAAUUGCGCAGCAUUUCUCUGACCGGUCGGAUGUGCAAUGUCAGCAACGAUGGACCAAAGUAGUUAAUCCUGAACUAGUCAAAGGUCCAUGGACAAAAGAGGAGGACGAGAAGGUUAUUGAAUUGGUAAAAAAAUAUGGGCCAAAGAAGUGGACGUUAAUUGCGCGACACCUAAAAGGACGAAUAGGUAAACAAUGCCGCGAGCGAUGGCACAACCACCUUAAUCCCAACAUCAAGAAAACCGCCUGGACGGAGGUUGAAGAUCACAUAAUCUACCAAGCACACAAAGAGUGGGGUAACCAGUGGGCAAAAAUUGCAAAACUUCUCCCCGGAAGGACGGACAAUGCCAUCAAAAAUCAUUGGAACUCGACCAUGCGGCGAAAGUACGACGCAGACGGUCGUAUUCCCGAGGGCGAAACUCGUCGUAGUCGCAACCGUAAAAACCUCACCCGUAGCAUCGAAAGUAGGCCAAAGCUCACAUCACACGUGGAUACCUCAUUGGAUAACCAUUGCUUGAGGCAGGAGAGCAUACCCGUCUCGUUCGGAGAUGAGUAUGGUGUGGAAUUUUACGAUCAAACCAGCAGCCAAUCAAGCGGAGGCGGCUUAUCGGCGAACGGUGCGACGCCGAGUCCUAGUCCGCUGACGCCCGUUCCUACGCCUACCUCUUUCAUGGUUAAUCCCUACGAAAGACUGCAACCGUCACCACCUCACGAACCAAAUACAAACCAAAUACCGUCAUUCCAGUAUCUACACUCGGACAUGUAUGGGAAACAAGCGAGUCCUGUAAAGCUUAUUCAUCUCAAUGAUGAUUUAGGAUUAGAGAUCGGAUCGGGAAUUAGUCCGCUAAAGGGGUCCGAUCUGACGCAACAUUAUAUAAAGACACGUUUGGUGCCUUCUAAUUAUCAAACUGAAAAUACUAUAGUACCUGUACCUUCAAGUAUGCCCACACGAGCGACAACACCCUCAAUUUUAAGGCGAAAUUCGAGGUGUAGGCGAAGAACGAAUAGUCACGAUACCUCUUCAGAUUACGGUCUUCCUGAACUCAUUUCCGCAAAUAACGAAGAUGUUCACAUACUAAUCGACAAAUACAAAACGCUCUGCACGUCGCCCAUUAAAAAUGGAUCGACGCCUAUUAAACAACUUCCAUUUAGUCCGUCGCAAUUUCUCAACAGUCCAAACCUGUCCUUCGACGUUACGUUAGCGUCGACGCCCGUUAAACAGCACACGACUCCCGCCAAAGUUGAUAACGGAGGGGAGCGGAGUUAUAGCCCGUUGAGUACGCCGAAUGGUCUAUCGCAUCCAGACAAAAUGGACUCGAAACCGUCAACUUCGGAAGUGACGACGCCGCACAAAUCGGAUAGAAGUUCCUUAUUAGAUGAGAUACCUCGUACUCCGACGCCUUUCAAGAAGGCGCUGGAGGAUCUCGAAAAGAGAUCGGGCCCGUUAAAGAAUCUUCCCGGUACGCCUACAAGAUUGGAGGACAUUACAGAGCUCGUGAAGAAAGAGCAAGAUUUGAGUAUGCAGUAUGAUACGGAUAGUAGUAUGAUGAUGUCGAACGAUAGUGGUUAUCAAACGGUGAAGAGGAAAAACGUCCCCUUAAUCGCGGCAGGGAAAGAGAAUAUUUUACCAAACAAGAGAGUUCGUAAGGCGCUGGCACCUUCAUGGAGUUCGACCAGCAUUAACUCCUCCGAUCUCUCAUUUGCUAUCGAAACUCCGAGUAAGUCAUUGGGCGAAGAUAUAUUAUUUUCGACUCCCUCCUCAAUAAUGAAAGAUUCCUUGGUGGGUGUAGCCGGAAUCAUGGAGAUGAGUCAGUCAGGAUCCUCCAAGCGACUGCAUCCAGACAAUGCCCAAUCCCGAGUCCAUGGUCAGCGUAGUGCUGCAGUCAAACGUAUCACCUUCGGGGAGCCUGAUUCACCUCAACCUCCUAAGAUUGACGUGAAAUGGACAAUGGUAGCAUGUGGCGGUACUCAAGAUCAGCUAGAUUUAACGGAAAAAGCACAUCGUUACCUUAGGAGCAACGGCUUAAAACCUCGCUCCCUUAAGUUUUAAACAAUUCAAAGAGCGCCCUUGUACAUAGUUCGCAGUUGACUAAAUAGUAAAGAGUGGCUUAUUUAGUCAAUGUACAAACGAGUAGUGCAAAGUUAGUGUAUGGAUAUUCUAUUAGAUUGAACUAAUCUACAUCACUACGUACUUUAUAAGUGAAUUUUAUAUAUUGCGAAAACUGGUUCUCAAACAUUCAGUAACAUGCACAGUUGUGUACCUACAGUACUAGUCUUUGUGAUGCUUUUUUCUUGAUGAAUAGUAAUUCAAUAGCUGCUAUUAUAUGUAAAUUAAUUACAACAUGAAUUGUACAGUUGAUAAAAUAAUAUAUUUAAUUAUUCACUUUUAGGUAAAUUAACAUUACAUAAAGAAUGAGCGAGAACGAAAGUAUAAAUUUUUUAUGCAGUGUUAGUUAUUGUUGUAUUCAAUAGUGUGACAUAUUUAUGGUAGGAUGUAUAUUCAAAAUUUAUUUGAUAGAUUUGAAUGAAGUGAACGACGAAAUUGUAUUUCUUUCUCCCAAAUUUGUGUUAUUAUUACUCUGAAACGCUUUAAAAGCAAUGUGUUUUGUAUGAGUGUGUGUGUUUGUGCUUUACAUUUUGUAGUAAUAUCACACUAAGGAUGAUUUUUAUCGAUUAUGGAAGCUUUUUAUGUCUCUUGAUGUUAAUUUGAUAUUAUAUUAUUUGAUAUUGAUUCAAAAAUUGAAGAAUAAAAACGAUCCCGUAACAAGUACAACAAACAAAAGCUGUAAAUACAUAUUUUGCUCGAAGAACGUCACUUGCUAAUAAAUUUUUUCUAAAAGA